CUUUGAGGCGCGCGUCUGGUGUCACUAUAGCAACGGCUCAAACACUGACACGUUGUAACAAAAGUUUGGAACGAAUGGAAUACUUGUUUGUGUGUGUGUGUGUGUGUGUUUCUAUAAUUUGAGCGCGCGUCUGGCGUCACUAUAGCAACGACUCAAACACUGAUACAUUGUAACGAAAGUUUGGAACGUUUGGAAUACUUCUUAAAAGUUUUUUGUGUGCGCGUGUGCGUGUUUUCUUUUUCUAUAAUUUGAGCGCGCACCUUGUAGUCUCAUUUACGUGUAGCUCUAAAGUUUAACAAAUACACGAGUUUAUUCAGCUGCUGUGAGAAGUAAAGAUGUCACAGACUUACAGCUCGCCAGUGAAGGUGGAGGAGCUGGAAGCAGAACUGAGCGCUCAGAUACACUCUCUGAGGACUGAGAUUGAGGACAAGGACAUUUCACAUCAAAUAUUCUCAAAACCAUACAGCUCUGUUCAUAUUCCAAAAGAUGCAUCUUACUUUCGUCUGGAGAGGCAGCGGGUGCUUCACAAAGCGCUGCAGGUGUCGUCCACUAAGCCUGUAGUUUCUCAAGCAGAAGUGGCUCAGAGAGAGAUGGAGAUCUGUCUGAAUCAAGAGCACAAAGCCGACGGUUUGCCUUUACUGCUGCAUCAGUUUUACACAGAUCAAACGUAUAAAUUGGCACGGUGCAAGUACCUGCUGAUGCUCAGAUGGAGGAGAUUUGGCCGCCAUUCCACUGUCCUGGAGAAACUGUACCCCCAGUAUAAAAAGCAGAUCACACAUUUAACAACUGAAUUUGAGGAUUGUGUGUAUCGUGCACGUCGUCUUGCCAUAUCCAGAGAGAAGGUGCUGCUGGGUUUGGAGAGUCCCAUCGCUGUGAUCACACAGGAGGACAUCAACAUUUACCUGCAGUGGCUCAUUUGCCAUCUGCACUCCGUCAAACACAUCCACAACUUUCUGCAUGUUCUUCAUUAUCUACUUUCCACUGAGUGGAAUGACGAUCACACGUCUAUUGCUGGAGAUCUGACGUCACCUGCAUAUUUUGAUGGGGUGUUUGUAUCGAUGUCAGAGCUUCCCUUGCUUUCGACCAAUUUAGAGGAUUUUAAAGUCCAGCUGGAUUUUCUGCUGUCACAUUAUGACGUCGAGUACAACACAAACAGCAUCAAGACUACAGCAGAUGAAAUGGAGCUGAUCAGUCUGGUUCUGUAUGUGUUCAGGACUGUGUUUAAACAGCAGGAGGAGAUGAAGAUCUUCCUUCAGUAUGACAGCACUGAAGCCACGGACAGGAGAUUUGGCAGAAAGAGUCCAAACAUGACGCUCAGAAAACAGGCCAGCUGGAUUCCUCAUAUUCAGAUGAAACCAAAGCGAGAUCCUUGGCAGCAGAAACAAAUGGCCAAACUGAAGGAGCUCAGAUUGAUGGAUGAACUUCUGCAGAUGCACAGCAGCCUUCUGGAGGAUUCCGAUCUUCAUAAAGUGACCGAUGCUUUAAAGCAGCUCAUUACAUCAGUUUGCCAACCAGAAGCUUCAUCCCUUAAAGAUACCUCUGAUGUGUGGAGAAACAUUUAUAACACAGCAAACAUGCUUCAGGUGACUACUGGACAAAUGAUUCGUUUACCCAAAUAUGCAGAUCAGAGGCCCUCUGAGAGAAAGAGUGAAGGCUGUGGUCAAACCCAGAGUGCUUGUGUUUUUGAGAAGGAUGAAGAUGCUGUAGAUGAUUCUGUAAUGGUCAGAGGAGCGUUUGAGUCUUUAAUCUUUCUCAGACACCUCAGGAUCAGAGAACUCAAGCGUGUCUGUCUGAGCCUGCUGAAUUACCUGCGCUCAGUGGAGAGGACUUUAGUGAUGGACGGAGCUGGUCUGGAGUCAGUCGGUGGAGAUCUGGUCAGAAAUAUGGAGGAGACGGGUUGGAUAUAUGCUGUGAGGAAAGAUGAUGGAGCUCUCAAUUCACAUCACUUCAUCUACAACACUCCAGUUGACUAUAAGGUGCGCUGUGCUGAGUUUAUGGAGUUUCCUGAGGUGGAAAACCUUCAUGAUUAUUACAGCACAGACGGCAGAUUCAUUCACACACAGGACCAGCGGGGUCUUUAUAUUGUCUAUGAUGUGGCUCUAAAGGACCUGGAGGAGCUGGAGCAAAAUCUGCUGCUGACCGCGUCUCAUUUCAUAUUGAAGAGCACAGACUUGCAUACUUCUUGUGGAUCUGAAGAAGAGCUUCAGCGUCUGGCAAGGACGGAUGUGGAUCGGAUAGCUGUGCUUUUAGACCUAUGGACAUGCGAAGCAGAUUUUCUGGAGCACAAAAUACAGCUCUUGAACUGUUAUCUAGAGGCAUAUCAGCACGUCACAGACCCAGAAGAGCAGUUCAGACUGGCUCAGGUCAUCACAGACAUCAUGCACAGACGACCACAGAUGGAUUUUACCGCUGGAUAUUUUGUUCAAUCAUACAGAGACUCAAUUGUCUGUCUCCAAAGCCACCAGCAGCUCAUCAAACUAGUGCUGAACAAUCAGAUUGACGAGCAGAGGCAGUAUCUGCAGAGAAUAUGGAGAGAUGGACAGAAAGGUUCUCCCAGUGAAUAUGGCCUGCCUCCAAACUACAUCCCUAAACACUUGGUGUCAAUCGGAGGAAGCAGGCCUGCCUUGAAGAGUGUGUAUUUUUUGGAGAUUCAUCCUUCAUUAGGUUUGGCCUGUCAGCUGUAUGAGGGUCUGGAACGAGCCUGUACUGAACUAUUUGAGCUGCACAGAGCGAAAGCACCAUCUCAGAGAGUCAAACUUGAGCAAAAGCUCCUGAAAACAGCACUGCAUCACUGGCACACACUCACUUCUCCGGGUGUAACCUACAGUCCUCAGAUCCAAAGAGACUUGUUCUUAGAUGUGUUCAUCGAGGAUCCUGCUCUGGUCAGAGAUCUGGGACUGUACAUUGUGAGAUGUGCAGAUGAACAGGAGAGAAAACAAGGCAAAGACAGACAGAUGUUCAUGUUGGAGACGUUCUGCACAUUAUUAGAGCUCGUCACGCUCCGGCAUCGCAUCUUUGAAUCAGCGGCAGAGACUGAACAUCUGUCCCAAUUAUAUAAAUCACUGUCCAGAGUGAUAGGUUUUGAUGAAGUUCAUCUAUACAUGCGUCUGGUUCAGUUUGAGUUUGCAGUGAGGAAAGAGACUCCAAAACAGCUUCCAGUGUUCCUCACGGCCCUCCAGGACAACAGACAGGAGGCUGACAGGUUUAUCCCAAACAGUCUUCCUCUUGCUGUUCAGGAACUUGAUGAAAAUCAUAUCUGCAAAUUCAGCUUUCGAUCGAAAGAAGCAGUUUUACAGCUGAUGAAUGAGGCCAGUGUGGAGAACCUGCGGGUGGUUCUGAUGUGUCAGGUGGUUCAGAGAAACGCUCUGAUUGGAGCACUGAAACAGGCCUCAGUGUGCUUUAGGACAGAGAAACUGGAUCAGUCUUCAGAUUCAGACCUAAAACUGCAACAUGAAGAAUCUGCUUCAUCUACAACCAGGAGACGAGCUGUAGAUGAUAAAAACAGGUUUGCGGGAGCUUUUGUGUCCAUUCAGCUGGAGAAAGUGUCUCUCCGAGAUGAAAUGCUGAAUACGUUUAUAAAGAAGAAAGAGCAGAUGGGCUCGCUGAAGAUGAACUCUGAAGACGUGUGCAGAAUCAAGAGGAAGCUGAUCGUGGAUUUCUGUCACAGGUUUAAUGAGCGUGUAUGUGAGUGUUUUGUUCGAGGGCAGCUGAUCUCUCUAACCUUCAGUCUCUUGUCACUGCUGCGUGAGGUGCCACACAUCAGAGACCAGCACUUCAUAAUGGGCAAACCUGAAGACCCCCGAGCAGACCUGCAGGCCGAGGGCAGACCAAGUCCUGAUCCCAGGACUUUUCAGCCUUGUCCCAGAAGACUGUUAUCAGCCGAUGGAAAGAGUCUGCUGAAUCUGUGGUUCAUCCCUCAUUAUACAGAAGUACUGCUCAUGUUCAGGACUCUAAAGGAGAAGGAGCGUCAGCAGGCUCUUCAAAACUCUCUGCAGAUCAUGUCAGCUCUUCAUGAUAUUGUUUAUUACCUGGUGAGCUUUGCACGAUUGGGGAAUUCCGACUCUUUGUGCAGUCGCAGCAGCACUCAGAAGCUCACGGCAGACUGGGGAGGUUUAGAGAGCAUCGGGGCUGAGCUGUGGGACGUCCAGCGACAGAUUGAGUCUCUCUGUGAGUCCAGCAGUUCAGAGAGUGUCGGGCGACUCCUGCAGUUACACAGAGACGUGCUUUUCCUGCGCUUUGAUACCGCAGUCAGAUACAUGAUCAGGGAUGCGUUCCUCUCCUCUGGAAACCUGUCUGCCUAUCAGAGCAUGACUGAAAACAUGAGCCACGCCCUCCCUAUCAUGAGUGACAUGAUAGUGGGAGGAGCCAAUCUCCUCUCCGUUCCUCAGCCUCUAGAAGCAGCCAGUUCUCAGGCCCAAAAAUUAUAUCCAUGGAGAUCUUUCCUUGCAAUUCAUGGAUUACAUCCCUUGGUCAUGUGGGACGUCUCACCCAUUGAACAUUACAUGCAGCUGUGUCUGUGUGAUCUGAACGACCGCUGCAGAAUGGAGGCGAAUGGAGCGAUUCUGGGUGUUUCUCUUAUCAUGGACGAUGUGCUCAGUAGUGGUAGAGAUGCGAUGCCGCUACAGAUGCAGACCACAGACGACAACAAGUCGACAUCUGACAGAGAACUUCUUGAUGACGGCAUGGCAAACAAUAAGAAAAAAGCAGAGUGUGUGUGUCAAGCUGAAGAUGCGUUUCAGAGCCUGUUGAAGCAGAAGGGUUUUCUGCUGCUCUGGAAGCAGAUGGAGGUCUUUAAAGAGAGCUGGACUCAACGACAGACCAGUUUCAAAACCAUCAACACACCAGCGCUGUUUAAGCACUUCUCUCAGCUCUACAGGGUGGAGAUUUUCUUUCCCAGCAUGCAGGCUCUGGCUCAGCAGAUGGACGUGGAGAAAGAGUACCAGAUUCUGCUUUCUCAGACUCAAACUGUGCUUCCACCUCCUGGAGCUGCAGAAGUCGACAUCAAAGCAUGGCAGCUCCUGAGACUCCUGGAGAUGACGGAGGUUGACAUGAUCCGUGCGCUUCAGAACAGGAUUAACACUGAAAUGACUCUAGUGAUGUCUGAGCGCUCGCGACACGACAUGCAGAUCCCUGCAGAUCUGUGGAAAAGACCAUCAGCGAAACACAGCGUAUCUUUAGAGAGACCGCAGAUUGUGGAGGAUUUUAUCCAGAGACUGAUGAGCGCUGAGGAGAGACAGACUGAUGGACAGGUGACGUUCUCCACUGCUCAUCUGCAAGAUUGUUUGACUGAGCUGUCCUGUGCUGUAAUGAAUCGUGAGAAAAGCGUCUUCCAGCGGUAUUCGCAGUUUUAUGAGCACAUCCUCCAACAGCAGGAGCAACUGCUUUACCAGAGAGAGCAGGAUGUUAAAGAGCUGGAAGCCAAAAACCUGCAGUCCAGCGAUCCUUACAGAAAGGUGUCAGAUGUGUGUCGAGGGAUGAUGCUUGAAAUCACAGCUUUGCGCGCAAAAGUUAAUCAACUAGAAGAGGAAAAGAGAAACUUGGAUCAACACCUCAACCUCAAACACAGAGAACGAUAUGACACACUGGUUCACCAGCUGUUUUCCUCAUGUCUGCUUCUAAAGGCACGUCUGGACAGUUAUAAUGAGAAAAUGGACCAUGAUGUCCGUCAGCUGAUCAGCAGCGUGAGGAAGGAAGGCGUGGACAGAAUCAUCAAACUGAAAACUAGAUUAUCACCCGCUGAUGAUAACCAGAGUCUCAUUCACACACUUCAGCAGAAAGAGCUUUUAGAGGAUCUUGAUGGGGAGAACAGCAGGCUGGCUGCGCUGGUGUGUAAACUGAGAAUCUUUAGCCGCUGGAAGCUGCUGACAGAGCAAGAGAGAAUCCAGAAAGAGCUGCUGCACUGGAGACUGAAUGAGGCGUCGUGUAAAACUGAAGCUGUAAAAGUGAAGCUGAUCUCAGAGCAGAAGGAGAUUGUGUCCAGACAGGAGCUGGAUGCAGUGAAGGAGGCUCUGCUGCAGUGUCAGACUGAAUAUGAACACAUACAGAAGCAGAUCACACUGCAGAGUCAGAAGCUGCAGGACAUUGAGCAUCGCUCAGCUCGAGAUGCUCAGAGCCGUCAGGAGCUGCAGACUCUAAGGAUGGAGAGUGUGGAGACGCUGCAGGAGGACGUGCUGGACCGAGAGAGUCAGCUGAGGACACUGAGCGCACAACUUCAGAAACACACCCACGACACACAGAUCAGACAGCAGCGCAGCCACAGACACAUCAGACAAGUGAGAGGUCAACUUCAUCAGGAGCGAAGCCUGAAGCUCGAAGCCUUCCAGCAUGUGGACAAACUCCACAAUCAGAUCCAGAAUUACGAGGCAGCGCUGCAGUGUAAAUCCACUGUUCCUUCAGGACGACAGAGUUCCUCAUCAAGAAGGCUACGUUUAAGAAAUGCAUCAGCAGGAUUGCUCAGAAACAGCUCAGUGAUGUCUUCCACAAGCAUGAGCUUUAUAAACCCGCUGGAGGAGUUCAGUGCUGAUGCUGUAUGGAGAGAGACUUGGACGCCUCUGGACAGACCUAAAACAAACUCCACUGGUGUUGGUCUGGAUAUUUCUGAGGCUCUGUUACCCAGCCUUCCUGAUGGCGUCGCAUCUUCUCACCUCCACAAUCGUAGAGUGUUUCACAAGUAAAUCAGUCAAACCACACACUCACACAAGUUGAUACUUUUUGACUUUUGCCACUGUAAAAAUUAUAAGAAAAAGGUCACAACAAAUGUUUUAAUGCUACUUUAACUUAUUUCAACAUGUUAGUCAGGUUUUAUGUAAUAUCUUUUGUCAGUUUGACUGAAGUAAGUUUAGAUGAAUUAAAAAUGUAAUUUGAAAAAAUUAGGCAGCAAUAUUUUGGAAUGUUCUUCCACUGUUUACUUUAGUCCAGAGAGAUAGCACCGACAGGGCAAAUUAUUGUUUAAUUAUUUAAAAUGGAGCAUUAUUCAGAAAGUAAUGUUUAGCGAUUAUUGUUUAUUAUUAUGUUAUACAUAUUCAAAUCUACUUUACCUCAAAAAACAAAAUAAAUCAUGAAGAUUGUUUGAAAAACAAAAUAAAGCAUGAAGAUUGUUUGCGUUGUUUUCAUGAUCAUUCAGCACUGAGAUGAUUUGUACCAGGGCUAGUGUAGUUACAAAAAAAA